AACCCGCGCCCCACCCUCGCCUCCAGUGGCCGCCGGUCUCCGCCCAAGAACACAACACGGCCCUUCCAAUGAUCAUAUGACAAGGGUCCUUCUUGGAGGUAAAAUCACUUUAAAGCAAAGUCUCGUAACUUGGGGAAGUUUUCAAAACCAUCUGCUUGUGGACGGUCAAGUUUUUUGGACUUUUCUGUCAGCCUAUUCCCCAGCGUUUUCCAGGCACAGAUGACACGACGUUUUUUCUGCGUCACUUUUUGUGCCGAAUUCCUGAUAUCAAAGGCAUUCUCACUACUCUCGUGAACAACGGAAUAUCGACACUUUUCUCCUUUAGUCUUGAAAAACGGAACAUCAACAAGACGAAGCAAUCACGUGAGGUCUACUGCUGCCAGCCAUGCUCACGUAUGACUAUCCAGUAAAGGACAUGGAGACGUCGCUGUUCCAGGGUUACACUUCAGUACUGAAGCCUCAAGUGGAAGCUUACAGUGUCAUCUUCCCUCCGCACGUUGGCCCCACCGGCGCCGGGCAUCUCUAUCCAUCUCAGUUCCAGACUCACACCUACUAUCAGCCCCACUUCCCUACCCACUAUCUUCAGACCUACUCUAGCCCCCAGCAGCCUGAAGCCCAGCCCCCCUCUACCACCCAGGUGGAGCCUGUAGAUCUCUCCCUCAGUAAGCGCUCCUCUUCCUCCCCAUCCUCUUUCUACCCCUCCUCUCCAUCCUCCACUCGAAGCUCUCUCUCCCCUCCACACACCUACAGCAGCCCUCACAUUAACGCCAGCACACACCCCCACUCCCAACCCCUCACCUGCUCCAGCUCCAGCUGUGGGUCUGCCUCUGGCUCCCCCAGGCCCAGGCAGCAGUCUCCAGCAGCGAUGGCCAUGCCCUUUUCAGCCAUGAUGCCAGUCUUACAUGCCCCCUCUGGAAUGAUCCCUGUCAUUCUGCCCAUCAUGUACCCCUCAGCUAUGCACCAACCAAUCAUGCUAUCCCCAGUUGCCCCUGAUGACAAGCACGGAGGGGCAGUUGCAUCCUCACACAAGCAUGCCUCCAUGAGGUCUCCUAAUAUAUCAAAUGACAACCUGGAACCGGUGAAAGUGAUCAAAUUAGAGCCUGGCUCUGACAGUUCUCCAGAACCCUACGAUGAGGAAAUAACAUCUUCAGUUAUCAACAGUCACUUUUCUUAUGAAAAAAAUACUCCCUCUGUGAUCAUGCAUCCUGUUAAAGCUCGGCCUAUGGAGUCCCCAGAUCCACUGAAGAAACGGCGUAUCCAUUGUUGUGACUUUAACGGUUGCAAUAAAAUCUACACCAAGAGCUCCCACCUUAAGGCACACAGGCGCACUCACACAGGAGAGAAGCCAUAUAAGUGCAUGUGGGAGGGCUGCACGUGGAAAUUUGCACGUUCAGACGAACUUACACGGCACUUCCGCAAACACACCGGCGUCAAGCCAUUCCAGUGCCCUGACUGCGAGCGCAGCUUUUCCCGGUCUGAUCACCUGGCCCUGCACAGGAAACGCCACCUGCUGGUCUGACCAGAGCAGAGCGCCUUCUGCUGGUCUGACCAGAGCGCCCCCCUCCCCCUACUGAUGCUCCUACCCCUUUAGCUGUCCAACCCCUGAGCCAUACUCGCUGAGAUGAGAAGUGUGUGUCUGUUCUUGCUCAAAAGCCUUUGUUCAAAAAUGCAAUGACAUUUUUCUUUAACUGUCUUUCAUAUCAUUCAUGUCAUUUUACUCGUGUAUGUCCUCUGCUUUGCUUUCAUUGAUCUUUGCUGUACAGCAGUUGUGAACUUCCUCUGCUGGCCAGAGGACUCAGACACACUCACACGUAUAGAUACAGAGACACACACAUUCACACACAAUAAUACACUCACAGACACACAAAUUCAAAAACAACAACUACAUUGUCUUAUUCUCUGUCUCUCUGGAUAAGACAUAAACAAUGUGAAUCUUGUUUUUUUAUCUUAGAAUGCAUGUAUAUAAAUGCAAAAUAGUUUGUGUCACUCAAAAUAAGUGCUGUUAUAAUUGCUUCAGACCUUAUUACCACACCAACUGAUUAUCUUCCUUUUGCCUAAAUUUGAAUGGGUGAUUUUAUAUGUAGAGGUGUGUGUGAGUGUGUGUGCAUGUGCGUGUGCGUGCGUGUGUGUGUGCGUGUGCGUGUGCGUGCGUGCGUGUGCUUGUGUGCGUGCGCAUGCGUGUGUGUAUUGUGUGUGUGUGUGUGUGCAAAUCCUCAUGUAGAAUGGAACUAAUCAAAGAGUAUAACACCAUCAGCCACCUUUCUUGUGUAACACACCUUUAGUCAACAUUAUUAGUCACAGCAAAUGUUAUUUUAUUUUUAUUUGUCUACAAUUUGUCAUCAUUUGUCCAUGAUCUAUUUAUUUUAGGUUACAUCAGACUAUGUAUGGCUCCUUGUAUUUUACCUGAAGAGAAAAUGGGCAUUUACUACUCCAAAAUGUGAAAUAUUUCUGAAAGGGCAUUAUUGUUAGUUAAUGAACUGAAUGUUUGGUUUUGGGAAUGUAUUGGUUGUUGUGCAUAUUACUUUAUGUGUGUGUAAGACACUUGUAGUAUGUAAAGGAAUCAUGUAAAACAGGGAGGUGCCUUUUAAAGGCAUAUGUGCUAAUACUUUAAGAGCAUUUCUGAGGAAGACCUUUGUUUAGAAGUCAUUGUGAUGGAUCAUGUGCACUUUAUAACUGAUUUUAGAAGCCAAGGUCUUCUGAGAUGUCUGAGAGGAAGCAUGUCUGAACGUUUCUGGAAGGCAGUACUCAGUGAACAAGACCACAUCAUACAUUCAAAUGUUACUUCUAUUUAAACGAAGGAUUGUUUUUGCAAAGUGCAUUUCAGGAUAUAGGGGUGAAUCUGAAAAGGUACCUGAGGCUAAAUACCUCUUUUUGGAAAGAGUGACAGUCCAGGCAGAAAUGAGGUCGUGGAAAGCAUCUAUUUCUAUGGUAGAUCCCAUAACCCACAGCAGCAAAAUACAAUAGAACUGUAGGCAAAAAACUUAGAAAACACAAAUUUUCUCUGUGCAGAUUUUUAUAAUAGAAAUUGUAAUAUAUUUUUAUAGAAAGACAAAACCUAAGUGAUUUUGUAUUUUAUUAAUUGCAUGAUUUAAACUUUUUUUUUUACCUGAAAUUACUAGUAUACAUUUCUAUAAAGAUGUGAAUCCUUGUAUCGAAAAAUAUAUAUUUUCACAGUUCAGAGGGAAUGGAUUCUUAGCUUUGUACCAAACUGUGAAUUGGGUAUAUACUGUACAGGUGCAUAUGGUUUUAUUAGAAUUAAUAAUAUCAUAUAAUAAACAUGUAUUGAUAUAUUUUGCACAA